AUGGAGACCACAAGCGACAAUGAGCUGAAUGCCGCACAGGCGCAGUCGUCGGCUGGUGACGCGGACUCCGGCAGCGUGGAGAUUGUGUGCACGUUUUUCCAGCUCGACCCGGACACGGUUUCGCGGCCGGACGUGGUCGACAAGCUGCUGGUCAGGAUGAACGAGUUCCAAGAAUUGAGCGCCUCGAAGCAGGUUCUGGAGCUGGAUUUCGAGCAGUUCCGCCACACGGCAAGCAAGAGGAUUGAGCAGCUUGUGGAGGACGGCCACAAGAAGGCCCGCGAGACGGAGGAGCUGCGCAAACAGGUGGACCUGCUGAAACAAGAAAAAACACAGGUCGUCGAGACGGGCCGCGAGACGGCGCAGAAGAUCGGCGAGCUGGAGGCGAGGGCGGCUCAGGAGGCCGAGUCCAAGCGCACAGCGUACCAAUUGCUGGACAAAAAGCAGCAGGAGGUGAUAGAUUUGGGGCAGGAGAUCGGACGGCUGUCGGAGCUCAACAAGACGCUGCGGGAGACCGUGUUUGGGCUGGAGAGCGCCAAGGAGAGUGCUGUUUCGGAGUCGCUGAAGGCCAAGUUCGAGACCACGCGCUUGGAGCAGGAGUUGCAGCUCACCAAGCAGACGUCGUCGUGGUUCGAGACAGAGCUGAACCGCACGGCCGACGAGCUGGCGCGGCUGCGUGAGGAGAGCCGGUCGCAGAAGACGGCUCUACAGAGCGAGUUGGAGACUCUGAGGCAGGAGCACGCCGCGGCGAAGCGCUCUGUGCAGAGUCUGAGCGACUCGUUGCAGGAGAUCAGCGUCAAGCACAACAAGACGCUGGUGGAGGUGAAGAGUCUGCGGGAUAAGCUGGCGGUGCAGCAGCAGGAGUUUGCCGAGGAGAUGGCCGGCAAGGACCGUCUGAACGAGCUGCUGGAGAAGUCUGCCAACGACCGCAAGCAGCGGAUCGAGGAGUUGGAGAAGAUGUGCGCGGAGCUGAGCGACCGGCUGGCUUCGGAGGAGGCCGAAUACAGACAGCAGUGCGAGACGUUGCAGGAGCAGCUGACGGCGAAGGAGACGGAGCUGCGCGAGAUAGAGACCACGAUGGGCAACGAGUCGGGCUACGACACGACCAACGUUCUGGGCGAUCUUGGCCGGGGCAACAGCGUUGUUCUGACGCCGUCGACGCAGAAAGUGCUGAAGAACAUGGGCGAGACGUUUUCUGUGACGGAGCUUGUUUCGGAGAGCAACCGGCUGCGCAAGGAGCUGAACAAGGAGAAGCGGCUGCGUGCGCGGGUGGAGUCGGAGCUCGGGGCGAUCUUCAAGGAGCUGGAGGCGCGGAUGCCGCUGCUGCAGUCGUACAAGGACAAGUGCGAGGAGUACGAGGCGCGGCAGACGCAGCUGAGCGCGAUUCUGGACUCGAUGAAGAAGGAGAACAGUGUUCUUGCGGGCCAGCACGACGCCCUGCGCCGGAAACAGGAGGAGACGCUGGUGCAGGUGCGCGAGUUGACGCAGUACAACACGGACCUGAAGCGGCAGGUGGCGGUGCUGCUGGCGCAGGUGACGUUGCGCGAUUCCGGCGCGGAGCCGCUGAGCAGGGCGGAAAAACAGCAGCUGGGCGAUCUGGUGGAGCGUGUCGAGGAGACAGAGACGGCCAGCUUGAUCACGGAGCGGCUCUCGACGUUCAGAAACAUCCCGGAGCUGCUGGAGAAGAACCGGCAGCUUUUGGCGGUGUCGAGACGGCUGGGCAGCGAGCUGGAGCGCGGCGAGAGCCACGCGGACGCGGCCGAGAACGAGGCGCUCGAAAAGGCCAGUGCGGCCAUCCAGAAGCUGCAGCAGCAGCUCCAGCAGACAGAGACGCGGCUGGAGGCCGUGAGCAACAGCAGAGACAUGCUGCAGAAGCUGGUGGAGGGCCGUGCGGCGGACCAAAGUCCGGCCGCAGACGUGGGCCGGUUGCAGGCGCUGGCCGAGGAGCAGCAGAAACAGAUGGAGUCGCUGAAAAAGGACUACGGCGUGACGAUUGAGAGUCUGAAUGUGCAGGUGCGCGAGCUGACGGGCGAGAAGCUGCAGCUGUCGCUGGAUCUGUCGCGCGCGCGGUCGUCGUGCGAGCUGCUGGCCGAGCAGAACCGGUCGGCGGCGUAUCUGCACGAGCUGGCGAAGUCUGAGGCGGCGGAGCUGAAGAAGAGCGCCGGGCUGAUGCAGCAGAACCUGACGCGGCUGGAGACCCGAGUCCAGCAGCUGACCGAGGAGCUGCUGGCGUCGAGGAGCUCGCAGAGCGGGCUGGAGGCGCGCGUGAAGGCGCUGGUGUCGGAGAAGAGUCUGUGGCAGAGCAUGGAGUCGCGGCUGCGCGCCGACAUCAACGGUCUGGUCGACGAGAAGACGCGGCUGGCGACGACGGUCGCCAAGAUGCAGGCGCUGGACAACGAGCGCACGGCGGCGUACGAGGCGGCGACGGCCCGUGUGGGCGCGAACCUGGCCGCCGUGGAGCGGGAGCUGCAGAGCACGCGGGCCAAGCUGGAGAGCAGCAACGAGGAGGUCAAGCGGAUACUGCAUUCGAAAAACUCGGACGCGCAGAUGUACCAGAAACGGAUCGACGCGCUUUCGGGCGAGCUGGCGUCGCUGCGCGAGAGCCUGGCGUCGAAGAGCAGCAGCGUCGAGCAGCUGAGCGAGCAACUGGCCACGGUGAACAAAAAGUACCAGGAGAUCUCGGACCGCAAGAACUCGGCAAUGGCGGCGAUCAGCGCGUCCGGCGACACGGCCGAGGACGUGGUGGCGCUCAAGCGCGAGCUGACGCAGACGCUGGAGGAUCUGGAGCUGGCAAACGCCAACGCGGAGCAGUACAAGGAGGUGGCGAACGCGGCGGAGCGGGAGCUGGCGGCGCUGAACGAGACGUACGAGAAGUUCCGCGAGGCGACCGAGGAGCGCGAGCAGGCGCGGGCGGCGGAUUACGAGAAGCUGCAGGGCGAGCUGGCGCGGGCCGUGGAGCAGCGGGACUUGCUGGAGACGCGUGUUACGGAGCUGGAAUUGGCCAACAGAGAGCUGCAGGCCAAGGUUGGCGAGCUGGGCGCGACGAUCGACUCGUUCGACGCGGUCAAGAAAGACUACGAGACGCAGUGUGCGCGGCUGCGCGACGAGAUGGGCAGCGUCCAGGCGGUGCUGCGCGAGAAGCAGCAGGAGGUGGCGGGCAAGACGGGCGAGUGGCAGCAGCUGGCUGCCGAGCGCGAGAAGGCGCAGGGACUGGUGGACGAGCUGAACCAGCGUGUUCAGGGCCUUGAGGCGCAGCUGGCGGGCGCAAGGGCGGACGUGUCUGCCGCCGAGGAGCGGCUGGAGCAGGAGAAGCAGGAGCUUGUGCGGGAGCUGCGGGCAAAGGAGGCGCGCGUGACGGAGCUGGACGUGCAGAACCGCACGCUGAUCAACCAGCUGGAGAGCCGUGUGAGCGUCGGCGACGUGGGCGAGGACGGCGACAUGAAGAGUCUGAUCACGUAUCUGCACAGAGAGAAGGACUCUCUGGCGCAGCAGCUGGAGUACUCUCGCGUAGAGGAGAAGCGGCUGCGGCAGGCUGCUGCUCUGGCGCAGAGCGAGGCGGCCGAGGCCCGGGCAGAGCUUGCGCGGGUGCAAGAGGAGACCGCGUCGAGCACGAAGUACACGGAGGUGUUGGCGGAGAUGCAGGCGACGGGCCACGAGCUGGAGCUGUUCAAGGAUAACAACAGGCAGUUGCGCGAGGAGAACUCGCGGCUGGCUGCGCGCUUGGAGCAGCUGGAGCAGCGCGCGGUGGCGGCGGAGCAGAAGUGCGGUCCGCUGGAGCAGCAGGUGGCGCAGCUACAGAGCGAGCUGGAGAUCCGCGAGUCGCAGCAGCAGCUGGUGGUCUCGCAGAUGGAGUACUGGAAGAAGCGCGUGGAGGAGAAGGGAGAGGAGAGCGGCAGCGCGGCAGAGGUGGCUAGUUUGCAGGGCGAGCUGGAGGCGGUGCGCAAGAGCGAGCGGCAGCUGCAGGAGCGGUACGACAAGCUGCGCGCGGAGGCGCAGGACAAGCUGAACAAGAGCCGUGUGGCGCGGCAGCACCUGAACACGGAGAAGGACGCGUUGGCGGCGCGAAUCCGGGAGCUGGAGCAGCAGGCGCAGCCAGACACGGCCGAGCUGGAGCAGAAGGUGCGCGACGCGGUGGCGGCCAGCUCGCGGAUCAAGGUCGACUACGAUAUCCAGGUGAACCGGCUGGAGGCCGAGAUCAGCCGGUUACGGGCCGAGAUCAAGCAGAGCCAGCCGGUGGACGAGGCUGCGAUCCGCCAGCAGAUCAAGGCGGAGUGCGACGCGGAGCUGGAGGCGCACAAGAAACGGAUCCGCGCGCCCGUGCAGGCCAAGAUCAACGAGGUGAUCGAGCAGCGGUGGAAGGCGCGCAAGGAGGAGCUGGAGAAGGAGUUUGCGCAGAAACAGGGCGCCACGGACGAGCUGCUGAAGCGGUUCGAGCAGGAGAAGGAGCAGCUGAAAAAGGACACCACGGCGGCCAUCCGCAAGGAGACCGAGUUCAAGGAGAAUAUUCUGAAGAAGCAGCUGGCGUCGUUGCGCGAGAAGGUCAAGACGCUGGAGGCCAAGCGGCCUGCCGAGGACGACCGUGCCGACGAGAAGCGGGCAAAGACCGAUAGUUAG